AUGUUAGAAACCUAUGAGAAGACCUACCAGCACUACACUCUUCCUAAUAAAAUGCAUAAGCCAAUAGUGGUGUUAAAGGAAGGCCUCUUUAUACCCGCUAUCUGGAAGAACAGCAUUGGGUCAUGUAAGCCUGGAAACAAGUCAUUAUCAAAGGUUGUUCUUAACCAAAGUCACUGUGAGUUUGCUCAGCAUGCUCGUCAACAGCAUGUCGAGGACGCUGAUGAGCUCGUGAUUACACUCUCUCAAGUGGGUUUCCUUCAAGAACUGGAGGCUAGCCUCAGAGGAGGCGGAUGUAAUAAGCCAUUUCGUAGCAAGAACGAGAACUACGGAACACACCAAAGUUAUCCGGGACUGCGGCCAAGAGUCUCAUCAAGUAGCCAGGAAAAAACAUGGUCUUUAAAUCUGGCCACAACGUGGCAAUAUCCAAUGGGUACCCAGCUGAAGUCUGUGUUGCUCGACAAUCACGACAACCUUCUCCAAGAUCCAACGUAG